AUGGAUAAUACUCAGUUAUCUAAACCUCUUCUAAGCGAUGUCAAAUCAUUAGAAAAAGCUGCUCUUCUUUCUAUGAUGGUAGACACAGAGUUCAAACCUAACCAAAUCAAUCCUACAACUGUUCAAGUUAGCAAUGAUAAAGCGCAGCUGGAUCCAAUGAAAGAAGCUCUAGUUAAUAUUUCAGUGGUUUUCAACAGUCUCUUACCUUCAGAAGUCAAUGUGCCUUAUCAAAUUGUUAGCAUGGUAAAGCUGUCUGACGAAAUCCAUUAUGUCGCCUCUACUUAUGAAGGGCUUGCCCUUUAUAUCGACAUGAAGACCAAAAAAUUCGACGAGAAAAGGAUUGGUGAUGCACUAGGCUUUGUUGCUGUUCUUAAAGGAGAACAAAAAGCAAUCUUUUCUGGCAAAACCACUCUUCAUGAAGUUAAGCUUCCCUCCCUUAUCCCAGUCAAAGAAAAGACUUUGGAUUUUUGUGUUUAUAUUCCAAAAAUGAUCCAGUCUUAUGAUAAAAAUUCUUUAUAUGUCCUAUUAGACUCUCAAAAAAUCGUCAAAGUCAACCCUGAAAACUUUGAUGAAAGAGAAGACAUUCUUGAAGGAAAUUUCACUAAUAUGGCUUUAUCACGGACUGGAGGGAAGGUUUUUGUUUCGGAUGGCAACUUUUUGGCAAAAUUUUGUAAAGAUGCGCAAAUAUUUUGGAAAAAAAAUGGCAAAAUUUUACCGUCCCGGGCUGGAGAGCUUGUAACUUUUUCAAGCGAUGGAAAAUUGGCAUUGUCAAAUUUAGAAACUUCAAGUCAAAAUGAAAUCCAUCUAGAUAUUGAGGAAAUUAACUAUCUGGAAUUUUCUCCUAACGAAUCUAAAAUUAUAGCAGCUUCUUCAAAAACUGUAGUUAUUGUCAAUGUAAAUCCUUUGGAAGUCAUCAAAGUUUUCAAAAUGAAAGAAGAAGUUUACUCGCCUGUUAUCGCAAAUGACGAAAAUACACUUAUAUUAGGAAAUCAAAAUGGUAAGCUUACAUUUUGGGACAUUAAAAACAAAGAGCAAAUCUCAGAAGUCCAAGUCCAUAGUAAAAGCCUUUAUUUUGUGGAGCUUUCCUCUGAUGGGAAAUUGAUAUACACAAGUGGUUAUGACGGAAAGUUUUGCUCAUUGAAUUUUCCUGAGUUCACUAACUCUCCAUUUUAAUUGGAAUAAAAUAUUAGUUAAAUUUACAUUUGUGGACUUUAAUCCACUUUAAAUGGGAUCAAAAAAUUUGUUUUAAUAUUAAAUAUACUAAUUUAUAAAAUAAGUUGUGGCAUAAUUAAGCAAGUGAAUAUUAUUUAAACAGUUCAAACACUGAAUCGAUUUCAUUUUUUGAAUUAUUGUGCCUCUUUAGGAGCAAGUGCAUGAGUCAUACUGGUGGCUAGUUUCGUAUCCCAGCCUUGGAAAAAUACGAAGCUGGCUACUAGUAUGGCAUAUUGCAUACAUAUUGCCAAACGGUAUAAGACAUAAUAAUUUUUUUAAUAAAAUAAAUUAAAAUUAAAAAACAUAUGUUCAAUUUUAUAUUUUUUAAAAAAAAUUUUACUAGAAAAAAAAUUGACCCCCUUUAAUUGAACACGAUUUUUUGUUCGAAUUUAAAUGGAGGGGAGUAAAGAAUUAUCCAAAAAAGUUGAAGAUUUCGAGAUUUCCUCAACAGGAAGUAAUUUGAUUAUUAAAACUAGCGAAGGGAGCACAUUCGAGAAGUGGGAUUUGUCCGCUAACAAGACUGAAGAGAUAGGUACAAUUGACGAUUACUGAAUUAAUUGUUACAAUUUCAUUGAUGAGAGAAGCAUAAUGAUUCUAACCUAUGAAUCCAUAGUCAAGUACGACUUAAUAAGCAAAGAAAGCGUCGAAAUCCCUCUUGUUGAUGAUGACUCUGACUAUAUUUUAACACGCAUUAUCAGCCCUGAUAAAUCAUAUUAUGCAACUGGCGGGACUUCCCAAAAAGUGUUCUUAUGGGAUAUUAAAACCAUGAAAAAGGUCAGGGAAUUCAAAGGAAGCGAUAGUUUUAUUAAAGAAAUUAUUUUCUUGCCGUCUUCCAAUGUGAUUGCUGCUGGAAAUGACAAUGGGACUGUCUAUUUUUGGGAUAUUUCUACUGGUGAAUCUGCAAUCUCAACUCUUAAAGGAGAAAAAGACCAAGAAGUAGUAAGUUUAGGUACUUUUCAAAAUGAAGAAAAUGUGGUGAUUGGCAGUAAAUCGGGCUCGAUAUUCGUAUAUAAUUGGAGAUCAAAAACAUUACUAGCCACAUUUAAGGCUGGAGGGACAAUAUUUAAAAUUCACAUAGUAAAAGACCAGAAAAAUAUGAUAGCUGUUACUAAAGAAGGCAAAAUCUCUUUUUGGAGCCUUAUUACAUACAAUCAGCUGUUUUACUAUGACAUUAAGCAGGAAAUAGAAUAUUUUCAGCUAACAGCUGAUGAAAAAUACUUAGCCUAUAUUAUAAAUAAAAAGGAAGAGAAAGAUGAAAAUGAGAAAAAGGAAGAAAAAUAUUUGAUUGAGAUUAAAUUGGGCUCGCUGGAAUUAUUUCAGCCCUUUUUCCCAUCGAGAGCUCGCUUCGGGUCGUUCGCUAGUCGCUAAUUUCAUCUGCGCCAUUUUUCAACACUAGCCACCAAAAAAAUGGGACGUAGGACCUUCUAACGGAGUGCUUAUGUAAUUGGGCUAUAUACGCUAUUUAUUGCUUCCACGUUACUCUUUAACUGGGAUUGGCCAUAAUGAUCAGCUGGUGUUCUUCUCUCCGUGCUACUAUCUAAAGUCCUAGCAGAACCAUUCAUAUGAAGAAGUGAGGCAAAUUGGACAUUGCAUCUUCUAGUUGAGUAUAUAGUCGUGGUAAAAAAGCGUUCCUCUGUACCUGAAUAUUUAAUUCCACGGGUCUCUUCUAGCCUGAGUAGAACACCGUGAACCUCUGCCAAUACGCCAUUUAAUUAAGUAUGAAGAAGAAGAAAAAGAAGAAAAGGAAGAAAAGGAGGAAAAAGAAGAAAAAGAAGAAGGAGAAGAAGAAGAAGAAGGAGAAGAAAAAGAAGAAAAAGAAGAAAAAGAAGAAAAAGAAGGAAAAAAAAGAAAAAGAAGAAAAAGAAGAAGGAGAAGAAGAAGAAGAAGAUUUAUAUGAAGAUGAAGAAAAGGAGAGUGAUGCUGAUAA